AUUGAAUAAGAGCAGAUUUACAAAGUACCGCUGCCGCUAAGGGUGAUCGAUUAUUGAAUAUAAACUUAAUCAUUCAUUUUGUGUCGUCAUUACAAAAAGCUGGACCGUAAAAUUAAAAUUGAAAUUUCUAAGAGUGGGAGUUUAAAUAUCAUCACAGCAGACUACAGGAUGUAAACAAACAGAGUUGCUAUGCAACAUCGCGCGCGGUAAACACAAAACGGAAACAGGGUAGCAGACGACAGUUAUUCGAUUUAUGUAGUUGAAGUUAUAUCGGAAUAUACUUUAAUAAAACAAAAUGGGUGAUGCUUCAAAAGUCCCGUCGGAAAGGAAAUUAAAAAAAGCGUUUUACGAGUACUCAUGUGGCAAGGAAGAACUCGACAUCGAGGGAUUCAAACACCUGUGUUACAAGUUCUACCUCGCUCCAACAACCAAGGCUGCUUCAGAGCUCUUCCACCAACUCGACAAGAACAGUGACUCGCAGCUGUCAUUUGAAGAAGUUUCUCAGCUCGUUGAGCGACAAUGGUCGCCCAUGGACGAAAGAAAGUUGUCCUUCAAACGAGACUUUGAGAGGUGUCGGAAAAGAGAAGGACCGGUGACUCGUGAUGAACUCCGUGAGAUCCUACAAGGGAACAGCGACGAGGCUCUUACCGACGAAGAUGUUGAUUACUGCUUCAACAAGAUGGACAUCAAUGGGGACAGCAAGCUCUCAGUCGAUGAAAUGUGUGAGAUGAUCUUCAAGUUAGAUGAGCUGAUAAUGUCCCGAGAACCAUCCAGAGUGGAAUCACGAUUGUUAAGACGAAGGUCAAAGUCUAGAUCAAGGUCGCGAUCCGGCUCCAGGGGAAGAAAAGGCAAAUCCAGGUCAAGGUCAAGGUCAAAGGGACGAAAGGGCAAAUCUAGGUCAAGGUCCCGAUCCAGUUCAAAAGGGAGAAAGGGAAAAUCCAGAUCAAGAUCGCGUUCUAGCUCAAGAGGCAGAAAGGGAAAAUCUAGGUCGAGGUCGCGAUCCAGUUCAAAGGGGAGAAAGAGCAAAUCCAGGUCAAGUUCGCGUUCUAAAUCUCCUAGACAGCGAAAACACUCAGGGAAAGGAAGAAAAGGUUCUGGGAAACAAAGAAGGGAGAAUGAAAAUAAUGGAGAAGGAAAUCAGAUGGUUGAGGAAACUGUCAAUCUAGAGAUGAGAAAUGAAGAUAAUGGCAACCAAAUGGUACAAGAAAGUCAGGUUGUAUCAGGACAGUUUGGAAUACAGGUGAGUUAUCCAUCUGAACAAAAGGAAACAGAAGAACCAACACAAGAAACGGCGCCAGAAAUUCAGCAAGAAACUGCGCCAGAAAUUCAGCAAGAAACUGCGCCAGAAAAUCAGCAAAACGAUGAGAAGGUGGAACAACAAUCGGAUCAGAAAAAGGAUGAAACAGUUUUAGAAGCGGUGGAUGAGCAGAAGAAUGUUGAAGCAGAUCAGAGUAAACAAGCCGAUGCUGUUGGUGAUGUAAAACAAGAAGAGCAAGUUGUAAGUGAACAGAGCAAGGACGAAGAAAAGGUUGAAGAGGGACAGAAAGAGGAAUAAACAGUGACAAUAAAUACAACCACAUUAGAAAUUGAACCAUACAACUAUGAAACAAGUAUUACAGUUCAUAGGCUUAACCUGGUGAAUUUACAAACAACCCAUCGAAAAAUUAAUCAUCAGUUUAAAUUUUUACAUAUUUCAUACUUUAUUUGUGAUUUCUGAAUGCUUACGUAGCAAUUAUAGAUCUCCGCUUAUAAUGUUUUAUGUUCUUUAUCUUUUUAAUCCGUAUUAUAAAUCUUCAUUUUUGCAACAAGUAUCUGUGAUAAAAUGAUGCUAAAAUUGUUUUAUUUUCAAUAUAUUUUAAACUUAAAGUACAUAGACAAGAAAUGUUUGUAAUAAAUAAUGUUGCGACUUCCUAACCUCAGUCGUCAAAAAUAUUUGAAUUAAGAGUUACUUAACUGAAUACAAAUUAUAAAUAUAUCAAAAUGUAUGAAAUAUAUAUGUUUCUUUUAUGUACUAAAAGGCAUAGUUAUAAACAACGAUUACCAUAUCACUCAUUUGUUAUCCUACGAACUUAAAAGAAUAAAUGCUCAUUUUUUGUUUGUUUGUGCUGGCCACAACCUAUCUUCACUCAGAAAACUGUAUUAAUAUAUUUUUCCAAUAUACCAUGAAAUCUUUUAAUGUAGAUACUGGUUUACUUAACAUUUAAGUGCUAAUGCUAUUGGAACGGCCCAUUGUGUAUCUGUCAGCGUAUUGUAAAUGGUAUUUGUAAAGAGUUGUUGUCGCAUUUUGUCUAAGACAUAAAACCUUUUCCGACUUAAAUGGCGAGUAUUUUCAUUUUUGAAAAAAAUGUUUUGAUUUUGACAAUUCUACACAAACAUUCACGGCUUUCAGGUUCUAAUUUUAUUAAUUUAAAGUUCAUGUUAAGACAUUUUAACUAUAAUUCUUUCUAUAUACCAACUCAUCCACGGUUUUUGUUUGUUACACUAUGAUUUUGUAUUUACUGUUUUGCAAUAUUUUUUUCUGCUCAGGGCAACUCCCGAACUUGAAAAUAUCUGUAUUGAAAACAUGGCCAAGCAGACAGAAACUGUAUUUAAAAAAUAAGAAAUUGAUUUCUGUUCACAAAGAAUGAAAUCACCUAUAUCAAAUUUUGUUAAAAUUAUUUCUUACGUCAACAUGAUCGCUUGAAUAUACUUCAUUUAUUCAUUAAGACACUGUUUUACUGAACGCAAAGUUAUGUUUACAUGUGCUUUUUUAUGUUAUUUACUCGUUUUGUGAGCUUUUUUUCUACAUAUGUAUUUUAUACAACUAUUUAUUAGAUAGAGCUAUAGAUUUAUAUAACUGAAUAAAAAGUCCAGAAAACAA